AUGUUGGGCAGAAAGCAAAGCAUAAAAGGCGAGCCCAUUCUCGCCGAUUAUGGACCCGAAGAAUCAUUAAACGAAAGUGCCGACAUCGAAUGGGUUAACAAAUUAUGGGUACGUCGCUUAAUGCGAUUCUGUGCUCUGGUGUCCUUGACAUCAGUGUCACUAAACACCCCAAAAACUUUCGAACGCCAUCCACCUUUGCAAUAUGUUACAUUUAGCUGUGAUUUGGUUGUCACAUUUUUGUUCACAGCAGAAAUGAUAGCAAAAAUGCAUAUUAGAGGAAUUUUGAAGGUGGUGUGUAAAGGAGAAGUGCCUUACUUAAGAGACCAUUGGUGUCAAUUUGAUGCCAGCAUGGUCUUUUUUCUCUGGGUAUCCAUAAUUCUGCAAAUGUUUGAAAUGCCUGGUAUUGUACCAAGAUUUUCUUACUUGUCAAUAUUGCGAGCCCCCAGACCACUCAUCAUGAUCAGAUUUUUAAGAGUGUUUUUAAAAUUUUCUAUGCCAAAAUCGAGGAUCAACCAAAUAUUCAAGCGAUCGAGUCAACAAAUUUACAAUGUCACGUUGUUUUUCUUAUUUUUCAUGUCUUUAUAUGGUUUAUUAGGAGUCCAAUUCUUUGGCGAAUUAAAAAAUCAUUGUGUUCUAAAUACCACAGACCCAGAGUACAUAACAAUUAACAGUCUUGCAAUUCCUGAUACCUUUUGUUCAUUGGAUCCACAAUCAGGAUAUCAGUGCCCAACUGGUAUGAAAUGUAUGAAACUUCAAUUAUCUAAUUACAUAAUGGGAUUUAAUGGAUUUGAAGAUUUUGCAACAAGCAUAUUUACGGUAUAUCAAGCAGCUUCUCAAGAAGGUUGGGUUUUCAUCAUGUACCGAGCUAUUGAUUCGUUACCAGCAUGGCGAGCAGCAUUAUAUUUUAGUACCAUGAUCUUCUUCUUGGCCUGGUUGGUUAAGAACGUGUUUAUAGCUGUUAUUACUGAAACUUUCAAUGAAAUCCGAGUGCAGUUCCAACAGAUGUGGGGGGUUCGUGGUCAUAUACAAAAUAGCACGGCAUCUCAGAUUUUAACAGGAACAAACGACGGAUGGAAAUUAGUAACAAUAGACGAUAAUAAACAUGGACGAGCGCCAGAAUGUUGUCACAUGAUGCUACGAUCACCAUAUUUCCGACUUUUGAUAAUGACUGUGAUUUUGGCAAAUGGUAUAGUAACAGCAACUAUGCAUUUUAAACAUGAUGGUCGACCGAGACAUGUAUUUUACGAAAAAUAUUAUUAUAUAGAGAUUGCUUUCACAAUAUUUCUAAAUUUGGAAACAAUAUUCAAAAUAUGGUGUCUCGGUUGGCGAGGAUAUUAUAAGCACUCUAUUCACAAAUUUGAAUUACUUCUGGCAGUCGGAACCACAUUACACAUAAUUCCAUACUUCUAUCUUUCUGGACUGACCUAUUUUCAAGUUUUAAGAGUAGUACGCCUUAUCAAAGCUUCACCCAUGUUGGAAGGAUUUGUUUACAAAAUUUUCGGACCAGGAAAAAAAUUGGGAAGUCUGAUCAUUUUCACCAUGUGCUUGCUGAUUAUCAGUUCAAGUAUCUCGAUGCAACUUUUUUGCUUCCUUUGCGACUUCACAAAAUUCGAAAGCUUUCCCGAUGCAUUUAUGUCUAUGUUCCAAAUUUUAACACAAGAAGCCUGGGUGGAGGUCAUGGAUGAAACAAUGAUAAGAACAAGCAAAACUCUUACUCCCUUAGUAGCUGUUUAUUUCAUUCUGUAUCAUCUAUUUGUCACAUUGAUUGUGUUAAGUUUGUUCGUCGCAGUUAUCCUGGACAAUUUGGAAUUGGAUGAAGAUAUAAAAAAGCUAAAACAACUAAAGUUUCGCGAGCAAAGUGCAGAAAUUAAAGAAACUUUACCAUUUAGAUUAAGAAUAUUCGAAAAAUUUCCCGAUAGUCCGCAAAUGACCUGCCUUCACAAAGUUCCCAGUGACUUUAAUCUUCCUAAGGUUCGCGAAUCUUUUAUGCGCCAAUUUGUGUAUGAAGUGGAAGACGAAGACUCGAUUGAUGGUGUCUGCAAACGUGUCAGUGAAACAUGGGAUUCAAAAAUGGUGUAUCGCAAACAAAAACCUGUAAAAUUAUUAAAUGAUACGCCCAAAGUUCGUACAAUUAGUACUGCAUUGAGAAAGGCAGCGAUAACGCACAUUAUCAAUGAUUCAAAUAAUCAGAGACUAAUGUUAGGAGAUUCGGCUAUGCUACCAGUAGCAGGGGUAAAGGGUACAAUUAAACCUCAAGGCACCAUCACGACUGGAAAACAUAUGAGAGUUGACCAGAAAAAAUUUGGUUCUCGAUCAAUCAGAAGAAGUGUACGUUCUGGUUCAAUAAAAUUAAAACAAACUUACGAGCAUUUAAUGGAAAAUGGUGAUAUUGGCGCUGCAAGUCGUGUGACAUCAUCAAGAGCUCGUCCUCAUGAUUUGGAUAUCAAAUUAUUGCAAGCUAAAAGACAACAAGCCGAAAUGAGGAGAAAUCAACGUGAAGACGAUCUGAGGGAAAAUCAUCCAUUUUUUGACACCCCAUUAUUUGCAGUACCCCGUGAAAGCCGUUUCAGAAAAUGUUGUCAAAUGUUAGUCUACGCACGAUAUGAUGCUCGACUGAAGGAUCCACUUACUGGAAAGGAACGAAAAGUCCAAUAUAAAAGUUUGCACAAUUUCCUUGGAUUGGUGACUUACCUGGACUGGGUGAUGAUUUUCGUCACAACUUUAUCCUGCAUAUCAAUGAUGUUCGAAACGCCACAGUACAGAGUGAUGGAGCAUGGAACUCUUCAAAUUGCUGAAUACGGAUUUGUUAUUUUCAUGAGCUUGGAACUGGCACUUAAAAUCUUGGCUGAUGGGCUUUUCUUCACACCAAAGGCAUACAUCAAGGACGUCGCCUCAGUCUUGGAUGUCUUCAUCUAUGUGGUUUCAUUGGUGUUUCUAUGUUGGAUGCCUCGUUCUGUGCCAACAAAUUCCACGGCUCAGCUUCUGAUGAUAUUGAGAUGUGUGAGACCUCUAAGAAUAUUUACUCUUGUACCGCAUAUGCGCAAAGUCGUGUACGAAUUAUGCAGAGGAUUCAAAGAAAUACUUUUGGUGUCAACAUUACUGAUUUUACUCAUGUUCGUGUUUGCUAGUUAUGGAGUUCAACUCUAUGGUGGCAGACUAGCUCGAUGCAACGAUCCAACAAUUUUGCGCAGAGAGGAUUGCGUUGGUGUUUUCAUGCGACGUGUAUUUGUAACAAAAAUGAAAUUGCUUCCUGGUCUAAAUGAAUCUUAUCCAUCAAUGUUAGUGCCGAGAGUAUGGGCAAAUCCGCGCAGAUUCAACUUUGAUAACAUAGGCGAUGCCAUGUUGGCAUUGUUCGAAGUUCUAUCAUUCAAAGGAUGGUUGGAUGUGAGAGAUGUUCUAAUAAAAGCUCUUGGACCAGUUCACGCAAUUUAUAUACACAUUUAUAUUUUCUUGGGUUGCAUGAUUGGAUUAACUUUGUUUGUGGGCGUCGUUAUUGCUAACUACUCAGAAAACAAAGGAACAGCUCUGCUAACCGUUGAUCAAAGAAGAUGGUGUGACUUGAAAAAGAGAUUAAAAAUUGCUCAGCCACUUCAUCUACCACCAAGACCUGAUGGUAGAAAAUUUCGGGCAUUUGUUUACGAUAUUACUCAACAUAUUGCUUUUAAGAGAUGUAUAGCUGUUGUGGUACUGGUUAAUAGUAUGCUGCUUGCAAUAACCUGGAUUAAAGAUGAGAAGCAUACGGAACGUCUGGUGAUAGUAAGCACUCUGCUUACCUUUGUCUUUGUAAUAGAAGUUCUAAUGAAAAACAUCGCAUUUACUCCUCGUGGCUAUUGGCAAUCUAGACGUAACAGAUACGACCUUCUUGUUACUGUUGCUGGUGUAAUUUGGAUAUUUAUACAAACUACAUUUAAGAGCGAAUUAUCGUAUUUCAUAGGAUUUAUGGUGGUUAUUUUAAGAUUCUUCACUAUAACAGGCAAACAUACUACAUUGAAGAUGCUUAUGUUGACCGUUGGAGUAUCAGUAUGCAAAAGUUUCUUCAUCAUUUUUGGAAUGUUCUUGCUAGUAUUUUUCUACGCUCUGGCUGGAACAAUAUUAUUCGGUACAGUUAAAUACGGUGAAGGCAUUGGCAGGCGUGCAAAUUUCGAAUCACCAGUGACUGGUGUGGCAAUGCUCUUCCGAAUCGUAACUGGUGAAGAUUGGAACAAAAUCAUGCACGAUUGUAUGGUUGGUCCACCAUAUUGUACACCAGCAGACAACUAUUGGCAAACGGAUUGCGGAAAUUUUACUGCCAGUUUGAUAUACUUUUGCACGUUCUAUGUCAUCAUAACAUAUAUCGUUCUGAAUUUACUAGUGGCUAUUAUCAUGGAAAACUUUUCGCUGUUUUACUCAAAUGAAGAAGAUGCUUUACUAUCGUAUGCAGACAUUCGUAACUUCCAAAAUACUUGGAACGUAGUUGAUAUCCAUCAAAGAGGUGUUAUUCCCGUACGAAAGGUGAAAUUUAUACUAAGGCUCCUGAAAGGGCGUUUAGAAUGUGAUCCUCAAAAGGACAGAUUAUUAUUCAAAUAUAUGUGUUACGAAUUAGAGCGACUUCACAAUGGAGAAGAUGUUACUUUCCACGACGUCAUAAAUAUGCUUUCAUAUCGAUCUGUUGAUAUCCGGAAAGCAUUGCAACUUGAAGAAUUGUUGGCACGAGAAGAAUUUGAAUAUAUUAUUGAAGAAGAAGUAGCAAAGCAAACUAUUCGAACUUGGCUUGAAGGAUGUUUGAAGAAAAUCCGUGCAACUAAUAAGCAACAGAAUAGUCUUAUAGCUGGACUUAGGGCUACAAAUAAUGAAAUGCUAACGACAAUUGAUCACAUAGAUGAAAAAAAUAACAAGGAGAAAGAUGCUAUGUCUAAAGAAUCUGCAGACGACAAAGAACAGGAAGCUGCCAGGCACAGGGCAGUCAAAAAGCCAGGUCAUCUCCCAACUUCCAUCAGUGGUCUUCUGGCUCGAUCUGACAGUACAGGAAGUACAUCAGGAAUUCCUCUAUCUUCUGCGAGCAGCAAUCAGCAGUCUAACACUGUCACACCAACCAGCGCAGUUGCCAAUGCUAAUAAAAAAUAUUUGCAACCCACUUUAUCGGAUCCCCAGCACGGAACACAAACUACAACGACGCAACCCAAAGAUACCAUGCCCAAAGAACCUACCUCGGUUACUAAUCGUUUUAAUAAAAAGAAACCUUCAAAACCAGGUUCUUGUGUGUUCAAUUUUUUAGUAGCAGCAUCUAAAUCUAAUCUUCCUCAUGUGACAGAAGGCACCGAGAUGCCGAAUCGUAGUAGCGAAAUAAAGGAAGCUGCGCCAAAAUCGCGUCAUGCCGGCGAACAAACCACCAGGCCAAAUAACGCCCUGCACGAGAUAAGGGAAUGGUGGCACGAACAACUAGCCUAUCGAUCUAGCGAUGAAGAAGAAGAUGAAUUAUAAUUUGCAUUAGAAAUAUUUU